AUUAGGAAAUAGAGAGAAGGUGCCCAUAAUAAGAAGACAGUGACAGGUUUACAUUCAGGAUUAUGCAUGGUUCCCUUAGGCAAUAAUAAUAACCCACAUGCAAUAGAAACAUAGCCUAGUAAGGGGUGAAUAUUUAUUAUAAACGUUCCAUUUAUCGCAUGCUCUCUUCCUCUCGCAACUCUACAUUUUUCUCACACGUCUGCCUCGCGCGUAAUUGCUCACAAUCUCUCCCUCCCUCCUUCCCUUCUGCCACUCAGUCAUUCACCCACUCUCUCUCUCCGUACGCACACACGCGCUCUCUCACUUUUCGUGGGAGAAAGUAGGAAGGGGGAGAGAGAACGAGAGAGAAAGGAGAGGGAGUGAAUUCAGGUCUCUCUCUGCUCUCUCCGCUGUGGGCACUCAUAUCCACUCCGCUGACUCAAUGGGGCUUUAGCACUUGGAAUAUAACAUCAAAUAUUUAUUGAUCGUACCCCUUUUACUAUUUAAAUGUUGUACAUAGCAUAGGUAGAUAUAGGUAACUUAUUAAAUAAGCGUUAAGAAGAGGUAAAAUACGUUGGUUUUUUUGCCUCACAGAAGGUCCAGUCGAAAUUCUCUUCCACUGUCUUUCUGUGAGAGACGAUAUCUAAUUUGAACAUAUCCGAUCUUAAAGUCCAGCGUCAAACAACUACAAAACAAUGGAUAUUCGAGAUUGCCCUUUUCGGAAGAAGCGGAGACCAUGGCGCGUGGACCUUUCCUCUUUUGCCUUGGUAACUCUGGUGCUCGCGCUGUGCCAACUACCCGUGGCUCGAGCAGAUCCAGUGGAUGUGUUGCGGAUGCUGCAGCUGCCCUCUCUCCCCGAGGGGGUGCGGAAGGUUCCAGGCUUCUGCACCUCCCGCCGUGCCGGCACCGCUGACCAUGCCUACCGCAUCUCCAAGAAGGCCCAGAUCUCUGCCCCUACCAAUCAACUCUUCUCAGGUCGUUUCCCAGAGAACUUCUCCAUCAUGGCUCUGGUCAAGGCCCAUGCGGGCCUCCAGGCCUUCCUGUUGUCCAUCUACAGUGAGCAGGGUGUCCAGCAGCUGGGUGUGGAGCUGGGACGCUCCCCUGUCUUCCUGUACGAGGACCAGACCGGCAGGCCCGCGCCCGAGGACUACCCCCUCUUCAGCGGCGUCAACCUGGCCGACGGCAAGUGGCACCGCAUCGCUAUCUCCGUGUCGAAGAAGAACGUCACCCUGCUCCUGGACUGUAAGAAGCGCAUGACCAGGGCCCUGCCCCGCAGCAAAAACCCUGUGGUGGACACCAAGGGCAUCACCGUGUUCGGAGCACGCCUGCUGGACGAGGAGGUCUUCCAGGGUGAUAUCCAACAGCUGCUAAUCGCAUCCAACCCUCAGGCUGCUUAUGACUUCUGUGAACACUACAGCCCUGACUGUGACUCCCCUCUACCCAAAACCCAGUCCCAGGACCCCAACACAUACAAGGAUGCCAAUGGCAAUGCUGACAAACGCAAACCUGUAGUGGUUAAGGCAGAUAAACCUGUAGUAGUUAAGGCUGCAAAACCUGUAGUAGUUAAGGCUGCAAAACCUGUAGUAGUUAAGGCUGCAAAACCUGUAGUAGUUAAGGCGGCAAAACCUGUAGUAGUUAAGGCGGCAAAACCUGUAGUAGUUAAGGCGGGAAAACCUGUAGUAAAGGCGGCAAAACCUGUAGUAGUUAAAGCGGCAAAACCUGCCCCCUCCAAACCUGCGAAAGCAGAGAUUGCCAAGCUUGAGGCCAAAGCUGCCGCACCUGCCACAGCCAAACUAGCUAAAACCAAACCUGCUGCCGCCAAGCCCACCAAAGCCAAGCCUUCCCCGGCCAAACAAGCCAAAGCCAAACCAACUGCAAUUGAAGUCCUCCUGGCCAAGAUCAAACCCACUGCAGUCACACCAGUGGCCAAGCCCACACCUGCCACAAAAAAUGGCGGUGAAAAAAAAGUCAAUGGUAAACCUGUAGUAGAGAAGAAACUAAAUGGUAAUUCCAAGGUCAAUGGCAAUGCCAAACCUGUAGUUGAGAAGAAACUAAAUGGUAAUUCCAAGGUCAAUGGCAAUGCCAAACCUGUAGUAGGGAAGAAACUAAAUGGUAAUUCCAAGGUCAAUGGCAAUGCCAAACCUGUAGUAGAGAAGAAACUAAAUGGUAAUUCCAAGGUCAAUGGCAAUGCCAAACCUGUAGUUGAGAAGAAAGUAAAAGGUGAGGCCAAAGUUAAUGGCAACGGUAAAACUGCUGAGGAUAAGAAAGUUAAUGGUAAUGGAAAAAGCGGCAGUUACAAAAAAGCUAAUGGCAAUGGUGUAGAAGCAGCAAAACCUGAAACCACUAAAGCCCGGCCAGAAAAAAAAGUCACUAAAGUUAAAAUAGAAAACACUGUGGUCACCAAAGUGAAACCAGCAAAACCAGAAACCGAAGUCAAAGUUAAAGUAGUAAAAACUGAGAUCACUAAAGCCAAACCAACAGUGUCAGUUGUCAUCAAAGUUCCUCCCUUCAAACCUGCACCAAAGAAAGAGCUGCCAGAGAAAACCAAGGUGGUGCUUGAUGUAAAUAACAUCAAAUCGAUGACCAAAAAAAUGCCUCCCUUUGGCAAGACUGCACUCAGUGGCACCGUCGUCCCUGUGCCGGAAAAACCAAAGAAGAAACAGGGCAACGGUUAUCAACAGGAUGUAGAAACUGCAAAUUCUGAGGCUGGCCACACCCCUACAGAGUCGGAUUAUUAUUAUGAGGAGGCGGUCCUACAGCCAGAGAGUGAGGUGAUUGGACAAGAAGCGACCACUGGCCAGGUGGAGGGAACGUUGGUGGCAGAGGAGGUAGAGUUGGCCAAGGCAGGGGGUGAGGUCGAGGCCUUUACUGAGGAGUAUGUGACUGGAGACCUGGGCAUGAAGGAAUACGAUUAUUCCUACAAAGACUACAACGAGCCCCUGCCCGAGGGAGAGACCGAGGGCAACAUGGGCCCCGCCCUGUCUGCUGUGAGAGACGAGGGAGGCGCCUCAGUGAGUGCCGUAAAAGGCGAGAAGGGAGAGCCUGCUGUCCUUGAGCCUGGUAUGUUGAUUGAGGGACCUCCGGGACCAGAGGGACAGGCAGGUCUCCCCGGACCUAAUGGCCCAUCUGGCCCUCCUGGCUCUGUCGGUGAUUCUGGCGAGAGGGGCCUCCCUGGAAAGGCUGGUAUCGCUGGUGCCGAUGGUGUGCCAGGCCCCCCUGGAACGUCCGUCAUGCUGCCCUUCCGUUUCGGAAGCAGUGGAGGUGACAAGGGUCCCAUGGUCUCAGCGCAGGAGGCCCAGGCUCAGGCCAUUCUGUCUCAGGCCAGGCUGGCUCUAAAGGGACCACCCGGACCAAUGGGCUACACUGGACGCACAGGACCCCUGGGUACCCCUGGAAGUUCUGGUCUGAAGGGUGAAGGUGGGGAUCAUGGACCUCAGGGCCCCAGAGGACCACAGGGUUUGAGCGGACCUCCCGGCAAAUCAGGAAGAAGGGGUCGUGCUGGAGCUGAUGGAGCCAGAGGCAUGCCAGGAGAGGGUGGGCCUAAGGGUGACCGCGGUUUCGAUGGCCUGCCUGGAUUGCCUGGGGACAAAGGACACAGGGGUGAUACCGGAGGAUUGGGACCCCACGGAGGUCCUGGAGAGGACGGAGAGAGGGGAGACGACGGAGACAUCGGACCCAGAGGACUUCCAGGUGAACCAGGACCUCGUGGUUUGCUCGGUCCUAAAGGUCCCAACGGAAUCUCCGGACCUCCUGGUGUGCGUGGAAACGACGGGCCCCACGGUCCUAAAGGAAACCUGGGUCCCCAAGGAGAGCCAGGCCCCCCAGGGCAGCAGGGUACCUCAGGAACCCAGGGAAUGCCAGGACCACAGGGAGCCCAUGGGCCCCCAGGAGAAAAGGGCCCCACAGGAAAACCCGGUCUGCCAGGCAUGCCCGGAGCCGACGGACCCCCUGGUCACCCAGGAAAGGAGGGACCUGUUGGCACCAAAGGAAACCAGGGUCCCAACGGUCCUCAGGGAACUAUUGGCUAUCCUGGCCCUCGUGGCAUUAAGGGAACUCAAGGUAUCCGGGGACUGAAGGGUCACAAAGGAGAGAAGGGAGAAGAUGGCUUCCCUGGAAUCAAAGGAGACUUUGGUGUCAAGGGGGAGAGAGGAGAGGGUGGAGUGCCCGGCCCCAGGGGAGAGGACGGUCCUGAGGGGCCAAAGGGCCGUGUUGGCCCCCCUGGCGAGCUCGGACCCAUCGGUCUGGUCGGAGAGAAGGGUAAACUUGGUGUUCCUGGACUUCCUGGCUAUCCUGGAAGACUUGGACCUAAGGGCUCCCUCGGUUUCCCAGGAUUCCCUGGAACCAACGGCGAGAAAGGAACAAGGGGUCUGAUUGGAAAGUUGGGACCCAGAGGACAAAGAGGACCAACGGGCCCCAGAGGUCAGAGAGGAUCGAGAGGAUCUACUGGCAAACCAGGAGCCAAAGGUACAUCAGGAAGUGACGGCCCAUCUGGUCCACCAGGAGAGAGGGGACUGCCCGGACCUCAAGGAGCAAACGGUUUCCCAGGGCCAAAGGGACCUCCCGGACCACCAGGAAAGGAUGGACUGCCCGGACACCCUGGACAGAGAGGAGAAGUUGGAUUCCAAGGAAAGACUGGGCCACCCGGACCUCCAGGUGUUGUUGGACCUCAAGGUCCCUCAGGAGAGACAGGCCCCCUGGGCGAGCGCGGUCACCCCGGGCCUCCAGGACCACCAGGCGAGCAAGGACUCUCCGGACCCUCUGGCAAGGAAGGAACUAAGGGAGACCCUGGUCCCCAAGGCGGCCCCGGCAAAGAUGGACCCCCAGGACUGAGAGGCUUCCCCGGAGAGAGAGGAAUGCCUGGCACCCCGGGAGGCGGCGGACUAAAAGGAAGCGAAGGCCCAGCAGGACCUCCCGGAACAGCUGGAUCCCCAGGUGAGAGAGGACAGGCAGGCAGCGGAGGCCCCAUCGGACCCCCAGGAAGACCUGGCCCCCAGGGGCCUCCAGGACCAUCAGGAGAGAAGGGAGUGCCUGGUGAGAAAGGUCCGAUCGGCCCGGCUGGUCGUGACGGUGUCCAGGGCCCAGUGGGUCUGCCAGGUGCUGCCGGAUCCAUCGGAGUUCCAGGAGAGGACGGAGACAAGGGUGAGGUUGGAGAGCACGGCCAGAAGGGAGCGAAGGGCGGCAAAGGAGAGCAUGGUCCUCCCGGUCCACCAGGGCCAAUGGGUCCACUCGGUCAACCCGGCGUUGCUGGAGCUGAUGGAGAACUAGGAGCCAGAGGUCAGCAGGGGCCAUUUGGGGCCAAGGGAGAUGAAGGAUCAAGAGGAUUCCCAGGGGCCCCAGGUCCCAUUGGACUGCAGGGAUUGCCAGGCCCAUCAGGAGAGAAGGGAGAGACGGGAGAUGUCGGACCAAUGGGUCCACCUGGACCCCCAGGACCCCGUGGCCCUGCUGGUUCAAGUGGCGCUGACGGUCCUCAAGGUCCUCCUGGUGGUGUGGGUAACCCUGGAAACCUGGGAGAUAAGGGAGAGCCUGGCGAAGCUGGACCACCUGGAAUCGGAGGAGAGCCAGGAAAGAAGGGCCCACGUGGAGAACACGGAGACAAGGGAGAGGCGGGACAACCUGGUACUUCUGGCCCUGCUGGUGGAAGAGGAGGCCCUGGAGACGACGGGCCCAAGGGAAACCCUGGCCCUGUUGGUUUCCCUGGCGACCCCGGUCCCCCUGGUGAACUCGGUCCCGGAGGUCAGGACGGAGCAAAGGGAGAGAGAGGAGAGGACGGUGAACAAGGACAAGCUGGAUCUCCUGGACCCACUGGUGAGAACGGACCUCCUGGUGGACCAGGAAAGAGGGGUCUUGCUGGAACGAGAGGACCAGAGGGACGACAGGGAGAGAAGGGAACUAAGGGAGAUCCAGGUGCCAACGGACCUCCAGGAAAGACAGGCCCCGUCGGACCUCAGGGUCAACCAGGCAAACCAGGAACUGAGGGUCUGAGAGGACUCCCUGGAUCAGUGGGUGAGCAAGGUUCUCCGGGCCUUUCCGGCCAGAAGGGACCACCCGGACCGCUGGGACCGCCAGGUUUGCCAGGACUGCGUGGCGAGGGCGGUGACAAGGGAGAGAAGGGCCACUCGGGUCUGAUUGGUCUGAUUGGGCCCACCGGAGAGCAGGGAGAGAAGGGAGACAGGGGACUGCCAGGUCCACAGGGGACACACGGAUCCAAGGGAGAGACUGGUGUUUCUGGAGGCACUGGGCCCAUCGGUCCUGGUGGCCCUGCUGGUAUGCCCGGUCCCGAAGGUGUGAAGGGAGCUAAGGGUUCUACAGGAGGAGCUGGUCCCAAGGGAGAGAAGGGUGUCUCAGGACCCCCCGGAUCUCCAGGUCCUCCAGGUGAAGUCAUCCAGCCAAUGCCCAUCCAAAUCUCCAAGAAGUCCAAGCGCUCCAUCGACGCCAGCCGGAUGCUGUUUGAGACAGACGCAGAGUCGGCUGCAGCCGACGCCACAGGCACAGAGUUCCUGACAGGCAGUGAGGGCAUGGAAGAGAUCUUCGGCUCACUGAACUCGCUGAGACAGGAGAUCGAGACCAUGCGCUUCCCUCUGGGCACCAAGGAGAGCCCCGCACGCACCUGCCAGGACCUCAAACUCAGCCAGCCAGAGCUCAAAGACGGAGAGUACUGGAUCGACCCCAACCAGGGUUGCUCUCGCGACUCUCUCAGGGUGUUCUGCAACUUCACCGCCGGUGGGGAGACGUGUCUGUACCCCAGUAAGACCGUGGACACGGUAAAGCUCAACUCUUGGACCACGGAGAAACCAGGCUCCUGGUACAGUGAGUUUACAACUGGCAGCAAGCUUUCGUACGUGGACUCUAAUGGCGAGCCGAUCGGCGUGGUCCAGUUGGGCUUCCUGCGGUUGCUGAGUGUCCAGGCCCGCCAGAACUUCACCUACCACUGCCACCGCUCCGUGGCCUGGGCCGACCGCACAGCCAAUAACGGCCACAAGAGGGCGCUGCACUUCCAGGGCGCCAACGAUGAGGACCUCAGCUACGAGACCAGCCCAUACAUCAAGGCCCUGGUCGACGGCUGCUCUUAUCGUAAGGGCUUCGACAGGACAGUGGUGGAGGUGAACACACCCCAGGUGGAGCAGCUUCCUCUGCGGGACCUCAAGAUCACAGACUUUGGGGAGAGCAACCAGAAAUUCGGCUUUGAAGUGGGACCUGUCUGUUUCCUGGGCUAAAACACCGUGCAGAGAAAUGAGAAACACCUACACGUAUAGAAUAUACACUUACACUGAUGCACACACACACUCUGUCAUACACACACACUCUGUCACACACACACUCAUGCACUUAACACAAACAUUGACACAUUUACAUAGACAUGGCAAUAUACAGUACAUGCCCAGUAAUUUGAACAUUUAUUUCAGGACAUCAAGCACACUCACAUACACAAACACACACACACACACAAAUACUGUUGUGAAACGGACAUGCACUCACUCAAGUACAUGCCCAGGGGAUAACAUCUCCCAAUUAGAAAUGGACGACAAGAGAAAAGUAGAACGCAAACAUUCUCGCAAAGAGGAGACCAAAGAUUGAUUGCAAGAAUGAGAGAUGGCGUACAGACCAUCAACAGAAUAAAACAGUGUUCUUUUCCAACGAACAGCUGGGUCAAAGACCCGUCUCCUCCUUCCGUACACGCCAGAGCCCCCUGUCGCGGACCCCCCUCUCACUCCUCUCUCCUUCCCGCUGUCUCUCUACCGAGUUGUCUCAGCCACUCUACCUCUCUGCUUCGCCCUCACCACACACUUGUACCUCUCCUGCAUCCAAGCCCCACCCCAUCCUACGCCUCAUUUUCUGCCUCGCCGCAUUAAGGGGAAACCAAUGAAGGAAUGGGAGUUCCACGAAGGCCUGGCGGAUCAGAGACGACCAGGAAAGUCUACUGUACGUCCAUGUUGUCUAGCGAAGUGAAUGUUCUCUUCAUCAUCUCCACAGGGAAAUUCUAUACCAAACAAACCAACCAUGCCGACUAACAUCACAGUUAUCCUAAAGCAGGUCAAAUACAAUACAGGCGGAUGAAUAGAAACGUUACGGUGCUUUGUGGAGAUGGAGUGGAAGCAAAGCUGUGAGGUCUCUAGCUUUAACGCGGCUUUAACCUAAGGUGUGACUAUGAACAGCUCUUUACUCAAUACUGUAAUAAUAUAGUCCUAACAGCAACGUACGGUCUCUGAACUGUAUGGCUGUUUAUUAUUGGGCCAAUAAUGUUGCAUGCAAUGGGACGGAAGGGUGUCUAUGCCUUCUCCAAGUAUCAAUGAAUCAAAAGCCAUUAACCUUGUAAAUUGUACUGAACUUGAUGUGUGGAACAUUUAUUUGUAAUCAUUGUCACAGCUGUCAGACAGGCCAGAACUGUAGUUCCUAGACAAGCGAAUAGGCCAGAAUGCCAUCAAACCAGUCCAGUACUUACAGGUGUGAUGCCUGGAAUUUCAUUAUUGUUUUAUGUAGAGCACAGGGUUACAUUCCAGGAUUUGUGACAUUCCGUCUCUUUUCAAGCAGGGAAGGUAUCAGGGUUAAAUGUGUAUAUGAGCUCAAUAGAUGACGACCAAACGUUCUCUCUUACAGCGGUGAAUAAAUGCAUGCUUUCAAAAACUGUGGCAAGGUGCUAAUUAUACCAAAGCGUUAAUAUAUUCAGCGUGAAUAAUUCAAGUUUGUCUCCAUCACAGCCACACGAUGUUGUCACCAGUUCUCCGACUGGAAAUGUGCAAUCGAAUCCAUUUGUACAGACAUAGUGAUAUUCUAUUGUAUUUAUUGAAAACAAGCAGGGUGCUUCAAACAACGACAAACCAAAUAUGACAGUCGAAUGUGGUAUUUCAUUUUGUAUUUAUUUCCCGUAGUUCUCACUUGACGGUCUUAAAACAAUGAAAUACAUAUUAAACUAACACUAAACCGAGUUAUCUGUGCACACCCCCCUUGGUGUAUGAAUGUCAACAGUUCUGGUGGGGGGAAAAACGAACAUAUGUGGCCAUAUCUCAUUGUAACCAUUUAGCAUUCAUCGACUGUACUGUGCUGUUAUGAUUGCUUCUAUUGUAAUGAUUAAAUGGUGACUCUCCGUUGCGGUUUGCCACUGCUUGGCUGAGCUGUGCUGCAGGAGUAUGGCGAGGGCGACAAACAGACACCAGGAUUCUACGGUUGUGAGAAUACAGCGGGCAGGGGACAGCUAGCGGGAGGGAUGGAAAAUUCUAGCAACCACCUGGGGAAAUAUUACAAAUAUUUUGUUUAGAAGUAAUGUAAUGUGGCUAUGGGGUUGUAUAUCAUUAUGGGUAUUUUGGUUUGUCUGUUUUGGUUGGGUUUUUCUUUUGAUAUUGUAGAGAAGGGGGGAUUGACAAACUAAAACCUGAGGUGAUUCUCGAGAGAAAAUUACAUCGAUUGGUUUGUUUUUUUGUUAAAGACAAACAAAUAUUUCAACAAAAUAUGGUGCUGAAAAGACAAAAAGUAUUAUUUUAUAAUGUAAGUAAUUUUAAAUGUUUUGUUUCUGUAAUAUAUCAUCUUUUUAAAAAUAGCUUCUUGACUCCCUUGUGUUUUUUCCUAGUCCCUCUGUUUCAUCCUCUCUCAACUGGCUGGUGUUGCAUGUUACCCAGAGCUACACAAUAGCUAGUCAUUAUUUUAUUUCUCUCUUCAUUCUGCAUACAGCAGCUCAGACAGCUGAAUAUAACCACAUCAUUCACAAUCUCCAGUGAACUUACCACCUGUGUGUGAACACAGAAUCAGUCAGAUCCUAACCUUAUUUCCACUAUAUCACCUCACCAGCCCCCCCCAAAAAAUCACUUCUAGUGUUUACACCUGUUUGAUUCUGAUCUAUGGCUGGCUCCCUCUCCCUACCCUUUUCCCCUCUACCGUCCACUGCUCAGUGUUGUUUUCCUUCUGUUUUCUGUUAGUUUUUGUUUUGCUUUAGUUUCACUGUCUUGGUUUGUUCUUGGCUUGUUGUUUUCUGUUCAACGUCUCCAAUUAAACCACAUGCCAACGCA